AUGUCUAUGGACACUCCACUAUUGUUAGAUAACAACGAGGAGUCAGAAUGUGUGUACUCGCUUGGUGCACUCACUCAAACAUUCACUGGCCUCGUUGAUGAGCUCGAUCUUGCUGCUGUUGCAAUUGGAAAUUCUGUUGUUGGUGGCCUCGCCUUUGGGAUCAUGUUGGGAAUGGGGAGUGCCUUGGAGACACUUUGUGGGCAAGCAUACGGUGCGGGUCAAAUCAGGAUGUUGGGAGUGUACAUGCAAAGAUCAUGGGUCAUCUUGGUCACCACUGCCCUUGUUUUGGUGCCUGUUUAUGUUUGGUCUCCCCCCCUCUUGAGGCUCAUUAGAGAGACUGCUGAGAUCUCAGCUGCUGUUGGAAAAUUUGCUCUAUGGAUGUUACCGCAAUUGUUUGCAUAUGCUGUUAGCUUUCCAAUCCAAAAGUUCUUACAGGCGCAGAGGAAAGUCCUGGUGAUGUUAUGGAUAUCAGCAGUUGUUUUGGUGUUACACACUUUUUUUAGUUGGCUUCUUAUAUUGAAGUUGGGAUGGGGCUUAACUGGAGCAGCAAUUACUCUAAACACAUCAUGGUGGUUGAUUGUCAUUGCACAAUUGUCGUACAUUUUCAUCACUAAAUCAGACGGAGCUUGGAGUGGAUUCACAUGGCUAGCUUUUGUAGACUUGUUUGGUUUUCUAAAGCUCUCUUUGGCUUCAGCUGUUAUGUUAUGCUUGGAGUUUUGGUAUUUGAUGAUAAUAGUGGUCAUAACAGGGCGUUUGACAAAUCCCCUGAUUCCUGUUGAUGCCAUAUCUAUCUGUAUGAGCAUAAAUGGCUGGGAUGCCAUGAUCGCAUUUGGGUUCAAUGCUGCUAUAAGUGUGCGAGUAUCAAAUGAACUGGGGGCUGGAGAUUUCAAGACAGCAAGGUUUGCAGUGUGGGUGGUUUCGAUCACAUCAGUGUCUAUUGGUAUUAUUGUCAUGAUCGUAGUGUUAGCAACCAAAGAUUAUUUUCCCUACUUGUUUACCACGAGCGUUGAAGUUGCUAAUGAAACAACAAAACUUGCUGCUUUACUCGGUGUCACAGUAGUUCUGAACAGCCUUCAACCGGUCCUAUCCGGUGUUGCUGUUGGAGCUGGCUGGCAAUCUCUAGUAGCAUACAUCAACAUUGGCUGCUACUAUAUUGUUGGAUUACCGGCAGGGAUAGUCUUGGGAUUCACAUUUGGUUUUGGAGUAGAGACCAUAAUCCUUGUAGUCGUCACUUCAAUAACCAAUUGGAAAAAAGAGGCUGAACAAGCAGAGAGUCGCGUGAAAAAGUGGGGAGGAUCAAUUGCGAGCAAUGACUACAACUAAGAUCGAAUGAACAUGAAAGGCUGAAAACCUAUUUAUUAAAUAAUCUUCCACAUGAAUUCUUACCAAGGUUUAAUA